CACUCCAGCACCUCCCAUUCCAUUAUAUAUACUGCACCUUUCCUUCGGUUCUUCAUCACCAAAAAACUGAAAGAAGUUCUGAGAGAAGCUCUGGUGUUGCUGUCUGGUUGCUGGGAAGAUGGCUGAUAACAGUGGUUUUAGGAGAUUUGAACUAGCUGUUCGGUGGCGAUCAGAGAAAGUAGAAGACAAUUUGGGUGUCCAUUUUGUUGGUGGUUUAAGUUUCCAGAUUACUAUUCCAUCCAGGGUGAACUAUCAGAAACUUUGUGAUCAUCUAAUUCGGAGAAUACGGAUUAGAGACGAAACAGUACAAGAUAGUGUUGUGAUUACAGGUUUCACCUACUGUCUUCCAGAAUGGCAAAAUGGUGUUUUAUUUCAUCAUGCAAUGCCUAUUGUCGAUGAUGAUAGCUUAAAUGUGCUUUGGAAUUUUAUGGCACAAAAUUCUUAUUGUUUGGGUGCUGAGAUACAUGCUGAGCUCAGUGAGGAUCGGGAUGGAGAGGAAGACGAUGAUGACGGUGAUGAUACAUGGAGCGUGCCAUCC